AUGCCCGCGGCGUCUACCCCUCCGGCCGUACCGAGGCCGCCAGCCGAGUACGUUCUGCGUGCUCGGGAGGCGGCGCUCGACUGGAGCAACGCGGCGCCCACGGGAGAGGCGGGCCCCUCCUCGGCGGCGGUGCCAUCGCUGAGGCGGCUGAGAACGAAGUCGAGCGUAUCGGGGCGACAGGGCGAAGGCCCGGCCGACGCACAUGGCGGCGACAGACCCGUCGUCGCACGCGUGGAGCUCAUCCACUCGUGCGAUGACGGGUCUGUCGUCACCAUGUGCGUCAGCUGCCCCGACGUGCCGGCGCAGGCCUGCCGCUCUUUCAACCAGGACGCGCGGGCCACCGUCGCCGCGCUCCUCGGCGGCGAGCACGCGAGCUGCCCCGGUCGGCGGUACACCGGCCGGGAGCUUGCCGCGUGG